AUGCCGCCGCCCUCGCCCUCGUCCUCGUCCUCGUCCUUGUCCUCGCCGCUCCUGGUCCGCCUGCUCGACGGCGCGCAGCACAUGACGCUCAACGUGCUGGGCCACAUGCUCACCAUGUCGUGCCUCGUCCCCGCCCUCGCGCUCGCGCUGCUCCCAGAGCACUGGAAGCAGACCCGCCUCGUCGGCCUCAUCUCGCAGCUGCAAUGGGACGCGCACGAUUGGCUCGAGGAGAUGGAGCUACACCGCCUCAGCACCAGGCUCCACGUCGCCGAAGCGGAAACACCCAGCAAAGGCACCACGCCAACCUCCGUUCCACAAAGCAAGGUCGAGGAACGCACCAGCGCAACUCUCGACCUCGCUGCCCCCGCCACGCUCGUGCCCAUGCCCUCGCCCUCGCCCACACCGAGCGAGGACAAGCAGCGUCCGCAGCAGCGCAGACACGGGUUCCCCCUCCUCAACACCAAACACCGUCCCGUUUCGCCCGGUAGCCUCGUCGCGGCCGCCGCCUAG